UUAAUAAUAUACAUAGAACCACAGGGUUUCCACCAGUUGCCAAAACUGAAAAAUAAAGGACAUGACUACCAAUCACUGAAGAGCUUUUAACAAUUUCUUCUGCUUUCAAGCUUGUAUGCCUGAACUAAAUGUUUCAGAUCAGUCAACAAUUUUCUAAAGUAGAGAAAGAUGACCUGAGAAAAUUUGAAAAGGCAGUUUUCUAAUUUUAUGCAUUAAAGAAGGAAAAAGGCUAUCCAAAUUGAAAUGGCCCCAUGUGGAAAUAUAAUUGCACUCCAAUUUAAUCAUGACUUCACAGUGUUUUUUGUUAGACUUCACUGACCACACCCAGGUUGAAUUAUUGCCAGGCCUUUAAAAUCAUAAUAACUUGAAAGGUGUGAUAACCAGGUUUGAAUUCCAGUUGCAUGAUAUUUAGGUUUUUCCAUGCAGUAACGACCGACCAGCACGCAAGAGUGGAAGGGCUUUCUGCAGGUUCAAAUGGAAAAACUGGUUUUAUUCUGCUUUUAAUGUACUCUGUAAGCAAAACUGUUUGUCCCUAUAGACUAAUAUUUGUGGUUUAUGUGGGAACAAAGGUUCAACACACCUGAGUCAAAUGACUGAAUCACCUCCUCAAUAUGCAGUAAAGCUCUCCAGAGUUCUGACGACCUCAUUAUUUAACUCAGGUGUUUUGAAGCAGAGCCACAUGUAAAGGUGGCAGGAGACCGGACAUCGAGGCCUCGGUUUGAAGAUCCCUGUUUAAAUGUGUUUUCUCAAGACAAAAGUCAGAAAAUGUUCACGCUUCCUCUUAGUGACAAACUUUAUGAAGAUGUUGGUGUCGUUUUCCAGCAGAAAUUGCCAAUUGCUCUGACAAAGAAUCUCGGAAGAUGAGGGAAAUCAGACCCAACAAUGCAGUCUCCCAGUCCAACAGCAGCCUAAAGAAGCACCGAAGUAGGAGCAUUUUUAGCCCUUUCUUUUGCUGCUUCCGCAACUACAAUGACUACCAUGUGGAGCCACCACCCGCCAACAACAAGACACUUUCUCUGCCCCCUCCUCCAGAGGAGAAUGACAGUCCUCCUAAGCCUCCAGCCAAGUUCCUCCUGCCUGAGGUCAGUAUAGCCGACUAUGGCAAGAACUGUGUGGUGAUCGACCUGGAUGAAACCCUUGUACACAGCUCCUUUAAGCCCAUCAGUAAUGCAGACUUUAUCGUCCCGGUGGAGAUUGACGGCACUGUUCAUCAGGUGUACGUUUUGAAGAGGCCUCAUGUGGACGAAUUCCUCCAGAAGAUGGGGGAGUUGUUUGAAUGUGUCCUCUUCACCGCUAGUUUAGCCAAGUAUGCUGACCCCGUGGCAGACCUGCUGGACCAGUGGGGGGUGUUUCGCGCUCGGCUCUUCAGGGAAUCAUGCGUUUUCCACAGAGGAAAUUACGUCAAAGACCUCAGCCGGCUGGGCCGAGAGCUCCGAAAAGUCAUUAUUGUAGACAACUCGCCUGCCUCGUACAUCUUCCAUCCUGAAAAUGCAGUCCCGGUGCAGUCCUGGUUUGACGACAUGUCAGACACAGAGCUGUUGGAUCUCAUCCCUCUGUUUGAGGGUCUCAGCAAAGAGGAGGACGUUUACAGCCCCUUACAGACUUUGAGGAACAGGUAGCAAAAAAGACAGCACCCCAUCUCUGCCACGGUCCUGCAGCCCGGCUCCCGUUCUCCAAUCAAAAGGGUGGCCAGUUUGAGCAUUUAAAACGAACUGGUUUUAAUCUGGAGAAAAGGACUCUGUGGAUUCUUGCCAUUUGUUGAUUCCUGGUCUCUUUCUACAGGACUCCUACUGACAAAGGAUUAUAUUACUGUGUGUAUAUAGUAAAUGUUUCUAUGAGUAAGAUAUACAGAAAAUAAUUUUUCUAUCAGAGAGAGGCAGUUUUACUAUUCUAUCAAGAUUCUGUCAGGUAAUAUUUUAGUUACUAAAAACAAUCAAAUUCACAGAUCAUAUUUUGUUUUGUUAUUUUCAAGACUGUGUGAGCUUUAUUUUCUUUUGUGUUGUUUUGUUUUUUGUCCCAACAACUGUGAUUUACCUUCUCCUACAGAAUGAAGUGCCUUCAUUACUGUGCUUAUUUUGUUGUUUCGGGUUAUGGGGUUGGGAUCUCCAGAGACAUUGUUAUUUGUAAAUCCUAAAGCAGCAGCUGAAAAAGAUUCUUUGUAAAAAGAAAAAAAAAAGCCUGGCGUUUAUAAAGCUAGCCUGGAUUACUGUAGGGUGUUUGAUAUCAGUAGCAUUAAAUUGUUAAAUUCGCCAAAGACGUUUACAGUUCAAUGUGAUCCAUGGCUUAAUUACAACAUUUAAUCCUUGACAGUGGUGGUAAAUUUCUGACCCUAGAACCUGCAAAAAGCCUGCCUAACUUUUUGAAAGAUAAAAAUCAACAUUUGUGACCAUUUAUCAACUGAUAAAUGUUGCAUUUCUGAUGAAACUUAGAAAUUUGAAAUAAAAUAUCUAGAUUACGUUUUACUGGACUAUGUUUAUUGAGGCUAAGAGUGUUGGAUGAAUUGUAAAGAAAUGCUGUUAAAACUGUACUGUACGACAUAAAUAAAGUUGCAAAUUUGCACACUGUCA